AUGGCUCGAGCCGCUCAACCAAGUUUUAAAUCUACACCAGAUAUAAGGGGCAAAGCUGAAACUAUGAAAAAUACAUUAUUGAAUUUUUCUACUAUUUUGACUGCAUAUACAUAUAUAAGAAUUUUUAGUAUUACAGGUCCUUUAUCGACAUACCUGCAAUCAAAAUCAAUGGAUUUAAUUACAGCUAAGAACCUAGUUGAUGGAGCACUUGAACAUUUAAAAAAAGUUUCAAGAAAUAUGGAAUGGAUAAAAUUAUCUGCAGAGUCAUUUGUUAUUUGGGCUUAUACUGAGUUAGAUUUAUAA